GCCGGCGGGGAAUGAGGAGUUUGAGGACAGCGAGGAGGAGAGGAGGGCGGUCGAGGGUGGAGAUGAUGAUGGUGAGAGUGAUGCAGAGGACAUGGAGGUGCAGCGAGAGGUGGAGCGCGCCAGGGGAAAGCUGAGGAAGGAGAAGGUCGUUGACGAGGACAGCACCCCUGACGAGGACGCCGACGACGAUGAAGGAGGUGGCGGGAUCGAAGAAGAGAAAGAGGAAGGCGAAGAUGACUACCACUGAGGCGAGAUCAGCACCUUCACAACCCAAAAAGAGCCGAGUUCUUCGACAGACGUCCAUGCUGGAGACCUUCGAUCCAGUGUGGCAACAAGAAUUCUCGGACUCCAUCCUGCAGUGGUGGUACGUGAGCGGCAUCCCAUUCGAGGCGCCGAGGAGGCCAGCGUAUCAUAGGAUGAGGAAGAAGUUGCUCGAGUGUCCGCCGUAUGAUCAUCCGGCAUUACCCACGCACCGUGUCAUUUCGUGCGAAGGCAUCCCUCCGCAGCAGCGAGUUGUGGUGGACAUGGUGGCGGCCAUCCGCAGGGACAUGGAGGCGACGAGAGCGACCAUCCUCACGGAUGGUCGCAAGUCCAUCACGAGCGACCAAAUAGUCAACUUCCUUGCUACUGGUCCCACGGGCGCGUACCUUUUCAGGAUUGUGCAGUGGGAUGGUGCUGUUCAGGAGACAACAGAGGCCGUAAUAGAGCGAUGGAAGGACGUGUUCAACAAGUUUGGUGUCGACAAGGUGAAUGUCAUUUGUACUGAUUCCGCGUCUGCGUGUGUUGCUGCGUCCAAGCUCCUCGCCCAGGAGGAAGUCAAGUACAGCCGCAUCACUUGGCUUUCGUGUGCGGUCCAUGUCUGCAACUUGUUGUUGUCAGACAUCGCGAAGGAUGGGCGCGACGGGAGCCUCGGGAAGAGGGAGGACACCAUCAUCAGGGCUCGAGCUGUCGUGCAUUUCAUCAGAGAGCACGGGGCGGAUCUGAGCCUUUAUCGACGGUUCUCUGCCGCCCACCUCUCUUCCGCCUCCGCGGCGGCUGGUGGUUCGAGCUCUGCGCCACCCUCGUCUCUGCGGCGAGGCAGGGAGCUUGUGUACCCUAUGCAGAUGAGGUUUGCCACCCACUAUUUGAUGCUGGAGAGGCUGCUGGAUCGUCGCAGAGCGUUGGAGGCGUUGAUGAUGAGCGACGAUUGGCUGCGGACUACAUGGAGGACGUCCAUUUUUCUGCAAGCCAGAUGGGUCCGUCAUCAGGUGCAGUACGCGCCAUUCUGGGAGCACGUGGAGGACAUCGUGGCGCUCAUGAUGCCUGUGAUGCAGUUGCUACGGCGUCCGGACAGGGGGGGUCGCGUGAUGACUCGCAUGUGGUCGUGGGGUUUUGUCAUGGUCGACAGGGUGGCGAGAGCAAGCCUUAACAGGACGUCGAAGGACGAGCUCCACAUCGUUGUUCAGGCUUGCCAGGCGCGGGUCGGUCAUAUGUUGGAGCCCACACAUUGUAUGGCCCACCUUCUCAAUCCGCGGCAGAGGAGCAUUACUUUUUUUGGAGCGGCAAGGCGUACCGACCACGAGCGGAUACUGGCAGACGAUUCGUUGCGAUACCUUCGCCAGCAGAUUGGUGGUGACGAGGAUUUGUAUCAGACGUUGCGCACACAGCUGCCGGAGUUUCAUUCUCGGGAGGGCGAUUGGACGUAUGGAGGAGCCGAGGGAGACAGGGAUGCGGCCGCCUGCAAAGGGGAGAAGGAGACGUUACAGGUGGGGCAGUGGUGGGUUCAGCACGGGGAUGGGGUCCCUCUCCUUCAGAGCAUCGCCAUUCGCUUGUCGCACAUAUGGACGUGCGCCUCUCCGGCAGAGAGGAAUUGGGCCGUCCAUGAGCGUGUUCAGGUGAAGARGCGUAAUCAACUUGGUUUCAUCAAGCUGACUCGUUUGGUGGAGAUAUCCACCAACUUGAGAUUGAGUCGUUGUCAGGGGAGGGGUUCUAGGUACGUUCUUCCAUGGGAAGACGCUGAGGAGGAGACAGAGGACGCUAUUUCUCCGCCUCGUGAUGAGGGUGUUCGGCCGGCUGACCGAGUCACCGAGGCACAGCGCAACCGGCAGGAAGCGAUGGAGGCCGAGCCGUGGUCCGAUCCGGACGACCUGGCCGUGGAGUCAGAGCCAGGAGGUUCCGAUGACGAUGACGAUGACACUCCUCUCAUCCAGAUUCCGCGUCCUCGCACACGUGCGUCCACGGCGGCCGCUGCACCGUCUCCCGCAGCACGCCCUCCUUCGAGUGCUCCCGACGUCUCACAGCCAGGCCCGACGGACCGUGUCGAGAGCAGUACGCCACACCCUUCGACCGAUCGUCGUGGACAGGGAGGGACUCGCGAGCGUGUCGACGAGGGAGACAACGACGAUGAAGACGAAAGCGAGGCAUAUGAGGGCAGCAGUGAGGAUGAGAAUGAUCCCUGUUAUUCCCCGACACGCGGACAUGGUGACGACGACGACGAAGAGGGCGGCGACGGUGGACGGGCUGGGGGUGGUUUGCGGACGUCCGAGAGACAGCGUGGCGACCGAUGCAAUGGUGCGGGCAGGGGAGGCAGCGCGCCGGGUGUUGGGGGUCCAGGGCGCACAGGUGGUGCAGGGCGUGCUGGCACAGGAAAAGUAAGGCGAGAGUCUGCAUCGUCCACUCGCACUGUGCAUUGGGUUGAUGAGGAGAGGCCUGCUGAGGCAGCUGUGGUUGCUCCCUCCCCUGCAGAGUUCGCUGCGGCAUCUGCGGAGGGCGCAGCGGCAUCUGCGGAGGGUCCAGGCGGGUUUGCGGGUGGUAUUGGCGAUGCUGGAGAGGUUGGGAGGCCAUCUGCACAGGUGGGUGUGAGUUUCAGCGAUAACUUUUGUGAUGUUUCGUUAGGGCAUCCUCCGACACCGGCAGGGGAGCGUGUCGGUGUCGAUGUGGACGCAGCGGCGACGCCCAUCAGUCAGAUACUUCGUGACAUACCUUCAUGCAGCAAGGGCGACAUCAGUAGUAGCAUGUUGCAGGAGGCAGUAGAGGGGGCACCGGGUCGGUCGGGGCAGCACAAGCGCGCAGCUGGGGAUGAUGGGGAGUGUCGACCUGUGCAGGAGCGGGCGACAGAGUCAGAGCAAGACAGGAUCGACCGCGAGGAGAGGAGGAGGGCGCAGGGGCCUGGGUGGGCCGAUUUACACUCGCGGACACAGGCGAUUUUGAGCGGGGACGUUGUCGCAGACGCAGCAGGAUGGCAGGAGAGGGUCUCCGACCGAGCGACGGACCAACCCAUGAGCGCACCUGCUGAGGCGACAUUGCCACAUACUGCAGGGCGUACAGUGGGCUCCGGCGACCACGUCGAGCAUAGUGCGCCCCCCGGGAGGAGCAUGGCUGCACGUACAUUGCGGGAGGAUGUGAGGGCAGUGACAGCGCAGCGACCGUCACAGGCGCCAGUCGUUUGGGAGUCUGGCACAGACGAUUUGGAGAUGCCUUAUGGCCAGCGGAGGAGGGUUUUCGUAUACGAUCUUCUUCGACCACAGGGAGGGGUUGAGGCGGCGCCACAAGGGGAGAUUCAUGCUCCGGAUACUACGCACGCGCCGGCAGGCGGCACAGGUCGUGGGGAUGGUGUGACAGGUGUGGUGCCGCAGAGGAGGAGGAAGGACAUUGUGGACGACGAUGAUGCAUAGUUCCACCAUUAGUCUUCUUUCAUCCUCUGAUUCGUAGUAGUGUACAGUAUAUUUAGUGCUUGAGA